AUGAUACUAAAUGAAAGUGUUAAUUCCAAAGAUCAUAGUUGUAGUGCCCAAAUAUUCAAAUUAAAUAUUACUUCGCAUAUGGCUACACGUACAAUCAAAUUAAAAUCGAAUGAUAGUGAUACGUACGAUAUUGAUGAAGAGGUCGCCAAACAAUCACAGUUGAUUAAAGAAAAGUUGGAAGACUUCGGCAUGGGUAAAGGUGGUCCUAUGUCUCAUAAGACAAUGUUAAUUCAGCAAUUUCGAAAAAAGUUUCUCAAAGUUGACCAAGGCACACUUUUUGGAUUAAUUACGGCUAUCAACUACUUAAACAUCACAGGUUUACUCAAUGUCACAUGUAAAAUCGUUGCACAUAUGCUGAGAGGCAAGAAUAUAGAGGAGAUCCGUCGCGAAUUUAAUAUCAAGAAUGAUUUCACACCACAAGAAUCAUUAAUCUCGAAUAAAGCGUAUUGA